AUAUCUCUUUCUUCGUAUUUUAUCUAUGGUGGAAGCAUAUGAUCCUUAUUUUGUCCAGAAGAAAGAUGCUAUUGGAGUUCUUGGUCUGUCUUCCCUUCAAAAGAUGACAGCGGCUAUGAGGAUGCUCGCUUAUGGAGUAGCGGCCGAUUCUGUAGAUGAUUAUGUGAGGAUUGGAGAAAGCACUGCAAUAGAAAGUCUACAAAGGUUUGUUCAGGCAGUGGUUGCAAUUUUUUCAGAUGUGUACUUGAGGGCACCAAACAAAGAUGACAUUGCUAAAUUACUAGAGGUGGGAAAAAAUCGUGGGUUUCCUGGAAUGUUGGGGAGCAUUGAUUGUAUGCAUUGGAAGUGGAAGAAUUGUCCUACUGCAUGGAAAGGUAUGUAUUGUGGUCAUAUCCAUGAACCAACUAUUAUUUUAGAAGCGGUGGCUUCCUAUGAUCUAUGGAUAUGGCAUGCAUUUUUUGGAUUACCGGGAUCUCAUAACGACAUCAAUGUGUUAGAACGUUCUUCUGUAUUUUCUCUCCUUACUGAAGGGCGUGCUCCCCAAGUUGAUUACUCAAUCAAUGGAAAUGACUAUACAAUGGGGUAUUAUCUCGCUGAUGGUAUAUAUCCUCAAUGGUCAACAUUCGUUAAAACAAUUCCAUCUCCACGAGGCAAUAAGCAAAUACAUUUUGCUAAGGCUCAAGAGUCAGCAAGGAAGGAUGUCGAACGAGCAUUUGGAGUGCUCCAAGCACGUUUCUCAAUUGUGCGAGGACCUGCACGUUUUUGGAAAGUUGAAACCCUUAAAGUUAUUAUGAAGGCAUGUAUAAUAUUGCAUAACAUGAUUGUUGAGGAUGAGCGAAAUGAACAAAAUAUAGACUGUAAUUAUGAUGCAAUCGAUGAAACUCUCCCUCCAGCAGUGUCACACGAGCGUACACCCGAACUUUAUGACUUCAUUCAAAAUCAUCAUCGCAUAAGAGAUAGACAAACUCAUUCUAAACUCCAAGCAGACCUAGUUGAGCAUUUGUGGCAUCUACAUGGAGAUUUGUAACAAUUAGUGUUAGAAAUAGUUUAUUUAUUUUGAAUUUUAUUCCUAACUUUGCUAUUUAUGAUUUUUUUUCUUAUUUAUUCAUUGACCUUUGUAAGGUUUUUAAUUAGUUAAUUUGUG